AUGGCGGGCGAUAACAGUAAGGCAAAGGCAAAAGAAAAAGACAAGAAAGAGCAGACCAACAAACGAGGGUCGGCUAAUCAGAAGGCCGAGAAGGUCAAAAAGCGCCCGCCGCCCCUGGACCUUUCUGCCGCCAAGGUCGAGGACGACGACGAAGACGACCAACGACCGAACACUGGAGACUCAGUGUAUUCAUGCUCUGGACUAGAUCCGGGCCAUAAACUUCACUAUCUAAAUGCGAAAGACGUGCGGCGUCAAGUCCAGAAUGCACCAUCUGGACAGCUCCCUGGGACGAAAUAUGCCACGACGUUCCACAAUAGAGAGGAUCUACCCAACUUGAAGAGCACAAUUCCAAGACUAGAGUUCCCUCUUCGUAACGAUGGAUCAUCAUAUCGACGCGGCGCGCCUGGACCAGUGCGUGCAAUCUACAACGAGGACCCUGAGGACCGCACCAAUUUCGACGUGGUUUACCACACUACCACGGACCGCAAGAAACACGGCAAGGACCUCGACGUUGCAAAGUACAGACCAAGUAGCAGAGCAAACGCUGAUUCAGCUCCAUGA